AUGUCAUGUACAUGGCGGUUUAUUUUGCGAGCUCGGUAUAGCACGGGCUGUGCAUCGUUCAAAUGUGUUGUCCAACAAGGCCCUCGAGGUAAAGAAAGCAAGUGUAACUACUUAGGUGGAUACAACUUAUUUUUGAAUGAUAAGUACCUUCUAAAUAGCUCGCUGUCAUUUGAAAAUGGCAGUUGUCCGCAAUUCCCGCUCACCAUUAAAAAUGAAGCUCUCGCCCAAUUGGCAGCGCUGGAGUGGUCGUUGUCUCCUUUUAUUAAAAAAGACAUCUCCACCUCAAGGCCGUUGACUAGUCUGCUGUUUAGAGCCCAAUUCCUGGACUCGCAGAAUUGCGCUGCAGAGGAAUUCAAAAAGAUUUUGGCCUUUCUUCCAUCUGAUUCGAUAUUAAGUGGACAAGAGCUGCUUUGGUGCAAUGAAAUCAAAAAAUUCAAUUCGAGAUUUGGCGUCCACAUUUCGCCGUCCUCUGGAGCGUUAACGCCGCCAUCUGGCCUUGCAUCGCAAAAUGGGCUCCGGGAUGUGAUCAAAGCCAUUUCAGAUCAUGUUUCUUGUACACUUUCUAGCGAAUCGAUUGCUGCAUGUGAAAUGGCGAUUAGAGAUUUCAAGUCUUGUGUCCUAGGACUCAAUUUGGCAUUUGGCGAUUCUACAGUUGAAGAGGCCAUUGAUGCAGCUACUCUUGAGACAAGGAUUCAAGCGCGAAAAUGGGGCAUGCUAAAGGAUUUCCAUGACUUUGAUAUCAGUAGAUUGGUGUCCAGAGCACGGCUGGCUUCUGUUGUGUUUGAAAUGUGCAAAUAA